AUAUUUAAAAAAAAAAAAAAGCAUUAACGUCACAUAGAUUGUAAAAUAAGUAAGAUGUAUUCCCACUAAAAUUUCACAUCAGGAAUGGUUUUAUUGUGUAUUUUCUUUUCAUCUGUUCAGUUUUUAAUGGUGCAUUCAUCACACUUGAAGUUUAUGUUAAAUACCAUUUGAAGUCAAGGGUUUUCCGAUAACACUCAACGACAAUACGUUCGGUUGAGCCGAUCACUUCCGGGUCACUUCCCGGUAGUGGUUGGUUGGCAUUGGCAACGUUUUAGCCUGCAUUAGCGGCUGUUGGGGCAGAAAUCGAAGCGCAUUGAAAGCCGACUAUACUCCGAGCACCCUGCGGAUCUUCUGGUCCGUUGACUUCAGCAGAUCAACUCGCCUUCGAGGAGCAAGAGCAGGCUGCAAACAGAAUGACCAGCUCAUCUGCUCCCAGGAUGGUGAAUAGCUAUAAGAGGACCUCAAGCCCCAGAUCCCCGACUAACAGUGGGGAGAUCUUCACACCAGCUCAUGAAGAAAAUGUCCGCUUCAUCCAUGAGUCCUGGCAGUUUGUGCUCAGAGAAAUAAGAUCGACACAGAACAGUGAACGCAACGACCGCGGCCCACAGGAGUAUGUGGAGAAGAACCCAAACCCAAACUUGCAUUCUUUUGUCCCUGUGGACCUGAGUGAGCUGAAGAAACGCAACACACAGGACUCCAAGAAGUCUUAGUCCUCCCUCUAUGAUGGCCUCACCCCUUUCCUUCAACAUUCUCCUUGAGAAGGUUUCCUCCAUCAUGCAGAGACUCAGCUUAUCCAGCGCUCACUUCUCCUCUCUAAAACAUGGACUAUAGCGACCACCUUUGCAAGCUCUACAAGCAACUACGAAGAAAAAAUAAGUGGGAUUUGGGGAAUUCAUCUCAUUUAGGUUUAGUACCACACAGCCUCCCUGUCUUGAUCGUCCACGUGGACUGGACUGAAGACCACUGACAUCAGCUGACCCUCUGCACAAACACACCGGAGUGAACCGGUUGCUUUUUACUUCUUUAUUGACCACAGAGGAAAAUGUGAAAGGGCUGACAUCUUUUUUUAUUUUAUGACUUUCUUUUGGUAAAUAGUUGAAUAGCUGAAUUGUAGAGAAUAUGGAAUGGCCAUGUGGGACACACUGUGGAUGAGAUCUGAAAGCCAAAUGCAAUGUUGAAGGCCAACAUUUUUUAUUAUAUACUCUGUUGCUCCUAAAUGAACUUUACUAGUCGAGGCCUCCCUGAAGUAUGAUACCCCUCAUCAAGUCCCUUUACGCAGGCUGUUGAAUAAAGACUUUUAUAUUA